CAUUUCUAUCUAUUCCUACAAGAAGUUAUGUUCUUAUAAAAAUAUACUAAACAAAUUUCAUUAAAUAAUAUAUUUUUAUUUUCUUAUUUUCUUGUCGUUUAAAAAAACAUGUUUCUUCUCAAAAAUAUCUCUAGUCGCAACAUCAAUCAAUGUUCUACAAAUAUUUUAAGGUUCUCCUCGACAAUUGGCGGAGUUUUGCCGGAAAAAGAAAAAUCCUCACAACGAAAUGUGAAUGAAAAUCUUGGUCAACCGACUUCGUGGACACAUUCACAUCUUCUGAAUGAAGGUGAAAUUGUUCCCAAAAUCAAGGUUGACGAAUUUAAAGAACGUCGAACUCGUCUCAUGCAAGGAAUCCAAAAGCACACAAACAAUGUGGAACCGACAAUCAAAAAUCACACAGUAAUUGUCCCAUCGGGAACCAAAAAAUAUAUGAGCGACAAAAUCCCUUAUGUCUUUCGUCAAAAUUCAGAGUUUUUCUAUCUCACUGGCUGUUUGGAACCGGAUUCAGUUCUUGUGAUGACAAUCGAUGAAUCGAGUCAAGCCACAUCGACUUUGUUCAUGAGACCGAAAGACAAACACGCUGAACUCUGGGAUGGACCACGAACUGGAGUUGACAAUUCUUUGGAAUUGUUUGGAGUAGAUGAGGCCUAUCCUGUAAGCGAUUUUAAGGCACAAAUCAUUCGAAAAACAAAAGAAAAAUCCCACGCUGCCAUUUGGUAUGACGAACACGGAACAGAUCAGCAUCAUUUGGCGGAAAUUCUAAGAGCCACCGAUUUAAAAGUCCCUUUGAAGUCGCCAGCUGUGUUUAUGCAAAGCAUGCGACUCUUUAAAUCGUCUGCAGAAUUAGAUUUGAUGAGGAAAACAUGUAAAAUUGCUUCAGAAGCUAUCAACGAGACAAUGGCCGAAGCUCGGCCGGGAUGCUCCGAGCAUCAUAUCUUUGCCAUGGUUGACUUUAAAUGUCGCAUGAAGAACGCAAGUCAUCUCGCUUACCCACCUGUGGUUGCUGCCGGGAAUAAUGCCACAACAAUUCAUUACAUAAAUAACACUCAGUUGGUCCAAAGUGGUGAUAUGGUUCUGAUGGAUGCUGGCUGUGAAUACGGGGGCUAUACCAGCGAUAUAACUCGAACUUGGCCUAUAAGUGGAGAGUUUACUGAGCCACAGAAAGUACUCUAUGAUGUUAUUUUGACAUUGCAAAAGGAUCUUCUUGGGAUUCUUCUGAGAGAAGGUGGAGAUACCUUAGAUACGCUAUUCGAAACGAUGUGUAUCAGGCUUGGAAAGUAUUUAAAAGAAGUUGGACUUAUACCAGCCCAUAUCACUAACGACCAGGCUAUAGCAAGGGCAGCUUAUAAUUUUUGUCCACAUCAUGUAUCUCACUACCUAGGAAUGGAUGUCCACGAUACUCCUCUCAUGUCAAGAAGUAUGAAACUAGUGCCUGGUAUGGUUUGUACUGUGGAACCUGGUAUUUAUAUCGCCAAAGACCGUCUAGAUGUACCAAAAGAAUUUCGAGGUCUUGGAAUACGUAUUGAAGAUGACGUGUACAUUGCUGAUACGGAACGAGUAGAAAUUCUAACAUCGGAUUGUAUAAAAGAACGCUCAAGUUUAGAAAGUCUUUUAAAAAGCAAAAGUCAGUGAUUUGCGAGUUGAACAAAUAUAACUCGAAAUGAUUAUAUAGCUUUAAGUUUAAAUUCAAUCGAUGAUGGAUAAAAAUAUAUAUUUUCGACGAAUUUUAUUAUUAAAGAAGUGAACAUAAUGAAAGUAUUGCCAA